AUCGCACUUUUUAAAUUGAAGGCCAAUCGUGAUCUAAAGUCAUAAGUUGGUGUGAAGGCCGGAUAUCUGACCAUUUUGUUGGAAGUAUCUAACUUGUUUCCUUAGGUCCAUGUUUAUUAUCUCCUUCUUGAUAAUAUUAUUUUUUGAUCGCAUAUAUUGUGAAGUUGUUUGGGCAGUCAAUUGCGGUGGUCCAAAACACAUAGAUUCCUAUGGCGUUGAGUACAAGGCUGAUUUUUUAAACAAGGGUACUGCAUCAGACUAUGGUCGUUCCUUCACGAUAAAUCGCGUUGCUUCAGAAGACCAUAUACUUUAUCAAACUGAACGUUAUCACAACGAAGAUUUUUCCUAUCCUAUCCCAGUUACUUCCGAGGGAGACUAUGUUCUAACAUUGAAAUUCUCAGAAGUUUGGUUCACGGAACGUCACCAAAAAGUAUUCGAUAUUCUUGUUCAAAAUGCAUUACCAAUUGUUCAAAAUUUGGAUAUUUUCGGUCAAGUUGGUUUUGCUACAGCGCAUGAUGAGCAUAUACCAUUCAAAAUAAAAGGCGGGAUGAUUCAUAUUGACGGGAAUUCAGCACCGAUUGAUGGAGAUCAUUUCACUGUGGAUUUUAUUAAGACUGAAUAUGAUAAUCCAAAAAUCAAUGCAAUUGUCGUUACAAAAGGCAAAAUUGAUGAUGUACCUCAGUUACCACCGUUAGAUGACGAAGAAGUGGCAUCAUCUCAUAAAUUUCGUCAACCUGUUCCACCAGCUGAAAAACAAGAAGCAGCAGCAGAAGAAGAGGAAGGUGAAAAAGAGUCAACUUAUAAAAGGCCAUCCAGAUCACCAAGAGCAAAAGAUCCAUAUGCUUCCAUUGACUCUUCUUAUCUUAUUUUACCAGUCCUGGUGACAAUUGGUGCAUUUUUACCUAUUCUUUUUUGUAUAUGUAAACUUUAGUGCUAAUCAAUACCUCAGUGAAUUUGAUACCGUCUUGUUUUGUUGUUGUUGUAAUUAUUAUUAUCACUUUACUUUAAGUAGCAUUAUUCUAUAUUGUGUGUGUUAUGUAUGAUUGUCAAAUUCUUUUUUGCAUUAUUUUUCAUAACACUGAAAUGUUUUGCCCUAUUGUGUAUAAAUUUCUCUUCUCUCUCUCUCUCUCUACUACAUAUCGUUGGCAUUAUUGCAUAAUGUGUUUUCAUAUGCCACAGUGUUGUUUUGUUCUCUGCACAUGCGUUAUUUGGAAAGUUGUUGUAUAUUCACUCUUUCCUCUGAUUAUUAUU